AUGGCAGACUUUGGAAUCGGUGUCCCAGACGAGAUCGCUCGGCUUUCUCUCGGCCACUCUGAGGAGCCGCCCCCUCCCCCGCCUCAAAAAGAUGUACCAGGCGUCAUACCAGUAGACAUUACAAGAGCUUUCCGGCAAGCUUGUGGGACGCUGGAGCCUGGCCAGCUGAUCAAAGAUGGAUUCUUUACCCUGUUUGAGUCUGUAUCGGCGCUUGAGAUCAUGGAUCCAAAAAUGGACAGUGGCUGUGUCGCGUCAGGCGAUGAAUUUGACGAAUUAUACGAUGUCUCCAAACCGUUGCUGCCAGAAGAGGUACUCGGUAUUAUUGAUGAGCUAUUGUGUCACGAGAUGUCAUGGCAUAUGGGCUACCCGCUCUCGCAAACACUGUUGACAAAUGUAUAUGUUGAAGCCUUGUCUAUGCCCGACCCAGCUACCAUCGAGCUCGCCAGUUUCGUGAGGGAUAGACCGGAAUUAGAGAAAGAUCAGCCUAUGCUUCAAGUGCUACGGGCAUAUUGCCUUGGUAUGCUUAAAUCUUGUGCUUAUGUAAAUCAUAGAGUGAAGUCUGAGCACUACUACGAGGAAGAAGACUUUGUCACCAAUACCUAUAACCGUACCCUUCUUACUAGAAUCCCUACAGCAGAUAUACGCAACGCUAUCGAUCAAGCACGCGACUUGCUUACAACCGAGAAAGAUAAGCUUGGAGACCAGUUAUUCGAUGCGCUAUCAGCGAGAUUGCAGUUUCGUAAAGUCUUCCUUGACGCAGCCGAAUCUCCGCAGCAUAUGAAGAAUCCCAAGCUUGCGCAGGCGCCUUGGUUAGCCGCGCUUCCCCUUUUGCCCGUCAUCAAAACGACACAUUCAAUAGGAAAGCCUGUAGAGGACGCCUUUAGUGCAAAGCUGCAGAGAAAGUUGGCAAGCACCAUGCCCCCGAGAGCUAUUGUCAAGCUUGAGUUUGAUGAUGCGUUUGCCCAUUUGUCACGACUCUUUACGGAUGGUUCAGAGUUGAUUGACGUCCUAAACUACCACGAUUCUCAGAGCUUAUUGACUUUUGUACGCAAUUUCCAAUCUAAGAAACCGCAACCCCUUGUCUACAUCAGAACAUUGCUGCAGACGUUUCUCUUCGACUCGAUGCAAGUCUUGGGUUCCAUGAGCAUUCGCCAGCUCCUCGAUGACGACUUCUCCAUCAUUACUUUACCAGCGAGUCAGCUCUUAGAUCGUGAUAAUGAUGAGAUUGAAGCUAUCCAGGAUAUUCGCUUCACCAUGUCACAGCAACUGGAACUAUUUCGACAACGAGCUGCGCAGCCCUUCUUGGAUAUAUUUCGAACAUUUUGUCAGAAUCGCUGUCGAGUGCGCCGAACUCUUUGUCAUGUUAUCCGUGACUGGGAAAAUCUACAAUUUGACGCUGAAGAUAUCGACGACUUUCUUCAAAAAGCUGCACAGGAGCAUCCCCGAAUCCAGCAGAACUCAUCGGGUAGUGGUCUCUCAGAGCCCAUGCAUUCGCUCCCUCUGUCUUCCUGGGCCUUUCUCUACAAAAUCAGAAUGAUGGAAGAGAUUGUACAGCUGGGAUUUGAGCUGGAGGUUUAUCAACCAGACGAGAUUGCUGGGAUGUACUGGUACCUGAACUACUUGGCAAAAUCACGACUUCAGCAUACUGAACGAAUCAAAUCAUUCGUGGUGCAAAAGGUAGACGAAGCUCGUCAUCGCUCAGGAGGCAUUGACGCAACAGUGGAGAAGCAAUUACAUAGGUCGCUAUCCCAUAUUCGUCUUUCGUUGCUGGAUGCAGCCGUCACAUGGGAGUUGUCAGACGCACUGGCCAGCCUAUAUCUGGUCCUCAACCGCCUGCACCUUAUCAAGCCUGUAAACCGGCCCUAUAGUACGGACAAGCUUCGAUAUGACUUGCGCAUGAAGCCGUUUGCCCCCAUUGGCCUCCCCGCACUACCAACAUUCGCGGAAUUCACAGCCAGCACUUUGCAAGAAGAUGUAGCGUCUGCAGAUUUAUUGGAGCAGGCAAGCCGGUCCAUUUUAGGCGCAAAGAAGGGCCUCGAAACAAUGGCUAAGCUGUCUGACGAGGACUCAUUUUCGGUCGGUUCACAUGCUCAAUGGACAGCAAAUGUGAAACGCACACUCAAAUCAUGCAUUGCAACCAGCCUUGCAAUCACAACACUGCAAAAGGCCAUGGCCAAUUCACAAACAUCUUCAGGUCCAUUGCCUUUCAAAGCGGAUAUACCCGAUCCAGAAAAGACGUAUCACGAGUGGUGGCUUGUGCCCAGUAUUUCAUCCGCAUAG